UAUCUAACGUCAUUUCUUGGUUUAACAGUAUUUCUUGGUUUAACAGAAUAUACCUUAAAAAUAAAAGAAUAUUCUGUUAACUUUAACGGAGAAAACCAAAAUAAAUUCUGCGAUUCCUCUUUCUUCUUUAACAAAACCCUAUUGCGAUUCUUUACGGGACAACGAUGACGAUUAGUUAUCUCCAUUUAGUCUAUCUCUCAGUCGUCAACCAGUCUCGACCGACUAACUCAUUCGUUCUCUCACUCCUUCGUCUUCUCACCAUCGCCGCAAGCAUGGUUCGGUUAACUGCUGGUACAUCAUCACCUCAGAACAUCAUCACCUCAAUCGGAGAACAGAAUGCGACCUCAGAAAAGAAAGCUUUGGAGCACAAGAAGGAGAUUGCUAAACGAUUGGGUCGUCCUCUUAUUCAGACGAAUUUUUACGAGGAUGAUACAGCAUUUGAGAAGCAGAGUGCUCUUUUUGCUCUUGUUGUUUCAGAUAUGGAGCCAUGGCUGCCUGCGGCUUGGUCAAGCAGAGUCACUUUUAUCGUCGAUGAUUUUCACUUUGCUAUCGAAAAGUACGACUUCAAUUCUGAAAUUGGGACUAAGGUGAUUUACAGAACACCAUUCUUUCAAUGAGGGAUAGUGCUUAUGGGACCAGUGUGGCACUAGCAGCAUAUGGGCGUGUUUUGAAGACUCAUACUGCUUUGACUUCUGAAUGUGGUUCUAUGCUUGAAGAGGUCUUGGCAAUAACGGAAGAUCUUCAUGAUGUUCAUAAUCUGGGAAAGGACGCAGCUGGAGUACACCAUUCUCUUAUGGAAAAUCUUUCAAAGGCAAAUACAAUACUUCUUCCCCUUGAAACAGUGCUGUCUAAAGAUGUAGCUGCAAUGACCGAUGCUCUGGCAAGGGAAGGAGACACCAAGAUGGAAAUAUCUCCUAUCCAUGGACAAGCUAUAUAUCAGUCUUAUUAUUUGAGAAUUAGGGAUGCUUUUCAAACUUUGAGGCCAUUGGUACCUUCACUUGCAUUGUAUGUAAAGGGGCUCUAUUCCCUGUUGAUCAAGCUUGCGCAAAUCGCAAGUUUCCAUGCUGGAAAUCUUCAUAAGGCUCUUGAAGGUCUAGGAGAGAGUCAAGAAGUAAAAUCACAAGGAAUUGAUCAGUCAAGCGCAGACCUUACUGCUGAUGCUACUGAAUUUGAUGACAAGGAGAGAGAAAACCUCCCCACAUCAAAUUCUAAAAAUACUAAAGAGUUUCCCGCAUUUGCUGGUACUUCUUUGGAUGAUAAUGAAUGGUUAUCUCCACCAAAUAGUAUCUGCAGUAGUGGUUCUGAAUCUGAUAUUACCUCACCUGAAGCAAGUUUUCCUGGUGAAGAAAUGGGACAACUUACACAAGAUCUUGGGAGGAGAGAAUUGCCGGCUUAUCAAGAUUCUAUUCAUGUAGCUCAAAUUGACUAUGAAGAAAUUCCACUUUUUGGAAAGUCACAACCUGUAGCAGAGAUUGAUGAGACUUAUACUGGUCUGUUUAAUUCAGCAGCUAAUGAACCAAGCGAACAUCAGAAAACUAUAGCUUCACCAAGUGAUCGUAAACUUCCUGCUCCUGAUGCUUUGCAUUCUUCAAGUAAGAGCACUGAGGAAAACUUCGGAGGCAGUGAUGAAAAACCUUCGCUGAACAAGGUUAAAAUUAAAGAUGAAGAUUGUGAAUCUCUUUUUCCUAAUACAAGUGCUGCUGCUCGAGCAGGCAGGGUCUUGAGACGAGUUGAGAUGAAACUAGAUGGUCAAGACAUUUCUGAUAACAGGUAAAAAUGAUUUAUGAUGUAGGUGAGGGGAACUGUUUUCUGUACUGAUAAUGGUGGAGCAUUGGUUAAUAUUACUGCAAAAUCUUCAACAUACUUACCUCUUCAAGAAGCUUCAAUCCACAGGCUAGCAUGUAGAAGAAGCAGGGAUAGUUUCUGGUUUGAAAAUGGAUUUUGUAAUUAUUGGUGAGAAUGAAGUAGAUGAUAGCAUAAUCUUGAGCUUGAAGGCUAUGUAGUAUGAUCUCGCAUGGGAAAGGUGUAGACAGCUCCAAGCAGAGAAUGUUGUUGUUAAGGGUAAGGUUGUUGGAGCAAACAAAGGUGGAGUUGUGGCUGUGGUCGAAGGCUUAAGAGGUUUUGUUCUUUUCUCGCAGAUAUCAUCGGCUUAACCUCCUAAUGUUCUACACUUGGCCAUCCUUCUUCCUUAGCAAAGCUCUUAUUUGAAGACCAAAGCUUGGUGGAGGUGUGGGCAGUGGAUUUCUGCUCAUUCUCGUUGGUUAUCUUAGUCUCAAAGCCUUCGAGAAGAGGAGGAACUCAUAUUUUGCUUUGAUUCUUGAGACGGGUAUGGAUUUCUUUUCUUAUUUUUCGAUUUUCUAUUGACGGGUUUUGUGUUUGGGAGAUUUGCUUUUGUGGACAGAUCGUAGUAUUCUGAUUGAUUUUAGUUGAUUAUGGAAAACUAGAAGUACUGAUAAUGAAAUUGGAAAAAAUAAGAAACUGAUCUGGCAUUUCGGCUGCUGUGUGAUCUAUCUAGAACACCAAAUAACUAUUAAAAAAUUUCUUUUCACAAAAAAGAAAUGGUUGUUGCUAUCUUGUAUUAUUUGAAGUAACUGCAUUUAAGCAUGAUAUUUUCUGUUUACUUUCCUUUGUUUGUCUAAGUACUAGAUUUGAUUUUGUUUCAGCUUUGGUAAGGAGUGAGAACAGAAUGUUGCAUGAAAUAAAUAAUUCUUGAUUAUUGUACCCUAUUCAUCACUAAAGAAGUUUUAGUUUAGAGAGAUGCUACUGCAAUGGUUGCUUAUUAUAUCAAUGUGUGACAAUGAUUGGUAGUGUUGCUUCAAUUGGCUAUUCAUUGGCUGCAGGUGGACAUGGUAACUCCUAUGUACUCUCAAUUAACAUAUGAGGGGCUUUUAGAUGAGGUAAGUUACUAUAGCUGGAGUGUGGCAGUAUUUUACUUAUUAAAUAACUUUUAUGUGGUAUGAUUUGACUAGAAAUAUUUACGAGCAAAAGAGAUGUUGAUGAUACGAGCAAAACAAGCACAUGUUGUAAAUCUUUAGUUGGUCAUGUGGCAUUCAUUCUCACUGUUCUUGUUUAACCAACAUGUAAACUAAUUCAUGAUUUUUUUUCUCUUUCCAAUUAGUCUGAUUGGUGAUAUUUUUCUCUGUUAUCUUUCUCUCAGAUAAUCUAUAUUCUAUUUGAUAUUAAAUACCUAGAUCUGGCAGCAGAACAUUUAGUAUUACGUAUGUUUUAUCUUUUCAUUUAGUAUUACGUAUUGUUUCAAACAACAAUAUAAUGUUCCACCUUAAUGAUCCUUUGGCUGAGGACCUGAUGAGUUUUUAUGAGAGAAUGGGGGACACAUUGGCACACCAAUAUUGUGGCUCAGCAGGAAUGUUUUCAUUUAUUUUGCUUUUACUUGUAUGUUUUGUUUUCUGUAGUAUCUGAUAUGGUACCUUAUUAGCCCUUGUGCUCAAUUUGUUUACAUUUUUCUGAACUGUGAUGUC